AUGGUGGCGCCCGAGAUGAGCGGGCGGAAGCGUCAUCGGCCUACGGUGUCGACGCUCAUCUGCUCGUGGGUGAAAUCACCUGGCCCUGUCUCUAUUUUCUCAUCCUCUCGUCCGACUCAUCUUGUACUGCGGCGGUGGCGCCCGGCUUCCCUCGACGAACUCCACCGACGGCGACCGGCUCCCUCGUCCUCCACCGGUCGCGCCCGGCCCUCUACCUCCAUCGAUCGCGCCCGACCCUCUGCCUCCACCGUCGUCGCUCGCUCAGAAAGAGAAGGCCUCACAUUAAUAAAACAAAGUAUGGGGAGAAUACCAAGAUCCCCAAAAGCCGACUUGAAGAAGGUGUCCAAGGUGAAGGUGUUAUCCAAGGUGAAGCUGUUGUCUAAGAUCAUGGUGUUGUCCAAAUUGAAGCUGUUGUUCAAGUUGGUCCAAGUGGAAGUUUCUCUUCCAGUGCAAAGCCCAAUUAUACGAACAAGGGAGUCUAUUUUACAGGACAACUUGAUAAGUCAGCUUGCUAUGCUACUAGGAGAUGGUUAGAUUGAAAUCCAGUCACCUCCUAAUAAUACAACUCCUAAGAAGUUUCUAGUGAAGAAGCUCACAGCAAGCUGAAGAGAACGUGACAAGAUUCUAAGAAACUACUGUUUUAUGUGUUACCCAAGAUUUAAAUAAGCUAGUGUUAGAAGUGAACAUUUUAUGCUAUCAGAUGAACUAUAUUUGGAUAGAGAUAGUAGUUAUUUUGAUGUGUGAUGUUAUCUUAAACAAGUGUCAGGUUUGGAUGUGUUUUGUUAUCUGAAACAAAUGUUCAGAAGCUGAAAAUGUUGUCUCUAUUAGUGUACACAUGUUACCAGUUUCUGUUAUUAUGCACAGGUUCCAAAUGUUCAGUAUA